CUUAUAACUCGCAGGUUUUGAGGCACUCUCUCCUCUGUGUUAACCCAUUAAUAGUAUUGAAAAUUAAUUAUUUAAUAUUUUUACAAAACAUCUAUACUUAACAUCUAUUAAUAAAUAAUUUAUUGGCUUUUCUUAAUUUUGCAACUUUUAAUAGUAAACUAUCGCUUAAUUUAUGCAAAAUAUGUACAAAUGUUAACUGAAAUUAUUAGUUGACAUCUAAACAACUUUUUUCUACUUAAUUUCUAAUACACUCUUAUUUUCUACUUAACCACUAAUUUCUCGCUGUAAUCGUCCGAAAAAAUCAACCAAAAAAUAAUGUCUCAAAAGUAUGAGAGGUUUAGUGACGACACUCUCAACGAUAAUAGGAUGUCGUCGACGGCCGGCGUAACCGUCGGCGCUGUCGUCACCACUAAUGGCAAAAAGUCUUUGACAGCGAGUGUUAACAACAAUCAAUCGCCGCCCAAAUCUGUGCCGCAAAACAAAUACUCGUUGACCACAACUACAGCCGAACCGACGAUAGAGAUCAGCCGACAGGAGGAGGAAGGGAUCGGUGGCGGCGACGACGAAGAGUCGAAGCGCAACGCAAACGGUUACGAAUCGCACGGCUUUUACGUCCAUCGGCGGGAAAAAGUGCGGCGAAUUGUGGAGAAUCUAUACUUCCGACUCUUCGGUCUGGUCAUCAUUAUUGUGGAUCUAAUGCUUCUGGCCGUCGAUCUCUGUGUCGACGAGUCCGCCACCGAAACUAUUAUCUUUAACUCACUGUCGAUGGCUUUUGGCACUUAUUUCGUGAUUGAAGUGUCGCUCAGAAUAUACGCCAAAACAACCCAUAUAUUCUUCACUGAUAUGUUGGACACAUUGGACUUUGCGGUCAUUUUUGUCAGUUAUUUCGUGACCGCAAUCUAUUGUUUCGUUGAAUUAAGUGGUUAUACCCGACUUGUACUGUUUGGUCGAGUGGUGCGUCUAAUCCGGUUGGUUAUGUUGAUCCGUAUCUUCUAUACUGAGCCCCGAAACGUGCGAAGAGGUGUCCGACAGAAGGUCUCGGAGAAUAAGCGCCGAAUGCGGACUUCGCUCUUCGACUUGGAUCUGACUUAUGUGACCGAACAGAUCAUUGCCAUGUCUUUCCCAUCCAGUGGAAGAAUGGCUUUCUAUCGCAAUAAUAUCAAAGACGUGGCGGCUUUUCUGGACAAGAAUCACGGCUUAGACUCGUAUAAAGUGUACAAUUUAUGCGCUGAGAAACAGUACGACACGACUUACUUUCACGGAAAGGUCCGACACAUUGCCAUCGAUGACCAU